CUCCCCGCGCCCCGGGACGCACCCCGGGACACGCCUGCGCUCCCCGCUCUGGAGUCUUUGUCUAUCUCCGACGGCAGCCGCUGGGACUGCAUUCCCGCCUCCCGAUUGGCUGCUGCAUGCCCGGUAGACCAUGACGUGUCCCUAUUUGCAUAUGACAUUGAGACGUCACCAAGGCCGGUACCGCCCCCCAUUCCCUAACUCGGGUCGCCUGUCCUCCCGUAACCCUAUAGGCGCUGGGUCGGGGCUGGGCCCGUGGCUGAGGGCUUCAGAAAGGCAGCGGGACCGGAGGGGCCUCGGCAGUUCCUGGACUAAUACAGGGCCUGGGGUCAGGCCUCUACUCCUAUACUUAUUCCUUGGGACUUGAGAAGGGUUCUGACGGUGCUGCUGGGUCUAGGUUGGGGGAUAGGAGUCGUCAGGAGUUCAAGGGCGGCCUGGAACUCCAGCUACAGGUCAUUGGGGCAGUGCCAGAUGGUGGCUGACUCCAGGCUCUGCACCUCCAGAACUAACAUAAUGUCCUCCUAAUCCCUGACAUGUGUACAGCGCCUUAGCUGACAUCACUCCAAUCCCAUUUCAUGGAAGGGAAAACUGAGGCCUGGAGAGGGGAAGCAGCUUACUCGAGGUCAUCCAGGCAAUUAGAGUCAUGCCUACUGAGUGACAGAUGCAUUAGCCAUGGGCACAUGCCUAGUCGGAGCUCAAUACAAAUUAACAAGUUACACAUCCUUCUUCCACUGGGGUCUCUACCUUGGGCCCAGCACCAUCCAAAUUUGAUAGGCCUCCUAGUUCUCCUCACUUCUCCAGGAGGUCUUUGGAGAUUGGGUCCCUUCUGUGGCACUGACCCUCAUCUGUAUCUUGGAGUCCCAGAGCCUAGUAAAAUUGCUGCCACCCAGCUCUUUUGACCACAAAAAGGUUUCUGCAUUGCCGUAGAGCGCCCCCCUGCGGCUGCUUCACUCCCUCACCAUGUUCCAGCGCCUCACCAGCCUCUUCUUCAGCACGCCCCCGCCCCCCGAGGACCCCGACUGCCCUCAAGCCUUCGUCUCCGAAGAGGGUGAAGUGGACGGCUGGCUCAUCAUUGAUUUGCCGGACAGCUACUCGGCUCCACCCAGCCCCGGGGCCGCCCCUGCCCCCGCGGGCCGCCCUCCGCCCGCGCCCUCCUUGAUGGACGAGAGCUGGUUUGUUACCCCUCCCGCCUGUUUCACUGCAGAGGGGCCCGGACUCGGGCCCGCUCGCCUCCAGAGCAGCCCCUUGGAGGAUCUCCUCAUCGAGCACCCGAGCAUGUCCGUUUACGUCACCGGCAGCACCAUAGUGCUGGAGACUGGGCCCGCUUCCCCGCACCCCGAGGCUGCCCUGCCUGACCGCGACCUCAGCGAGGGGGAGUUGGCGCCCGCCCGUCGGGAGCCCCGGGCCCUGCGCCACGCCGCCGCCCCUCUGCCUCCGCGGGCUUCGCUGCUGGAGAAGGCGGGCCAGGCUCGGUGGCAACAGCGGGCUCGGCAGCGGGCGGAGCGCCACGCGCUGAGCGCCAAAGUGGUGCAACGGCAGAACCGCGUCCGCGAGAGCCGCCCGCGCCGGCCCAAGCACCAGGGCAGCUUCGUCUACCAGCCGUGCCAGCGCCAGUUCAACUACUGAGCGUCUUCCAGCUGAGCCGCAAACCUCUCGCGGCCUCCCGACCCGUCGGCCCCAUCGCCCGCAGCCAGUGUGCUGCUCGAGCGGCGCCCGCAGCCCUACCGGGUCUGGACACCAUAGCCUCCCUCUUUUAAGUGUGAGGGGGUGUGGUGAUAGCCACCCUCCUCUACUCUCCCUCAAUUUCCCCAUCUCUGAUCCUCAAUCCGCUUCUGUACCCCACCCCCACCCCUCACCCUCCCUCUUUCUGGCCCCCAUAUCACAGCAUCUAAUCCUCCAUCUCUCCCUCCCCUGACACACUCCAUCCUUCUCUGGUCCCCGUCCCCAUCUUUGACCUGACACCCCCCCUUUAUGCUUGUCCUCCAGUGUUCUAACCCUGGCCCACUCCUAUUUCUGAGUCUUCUACCAGUCCCAGAUCUGGCACUUUCCCCACCAUAACUCCCUCCUUACAAGCCUCACCCUGUCUCAUGUUCGGCUCUACACUCACUCCGCUUCCUUAUUAUUCAUUCCCAGUAAUUCCUUUCUAAAUGAACUGGGAGCAGGGGGAGACUAAAUAAUUCUUCAGUCUCCCCCCUUCCCUCUCCCCGGGGCUGGGCUCUUUGGAGCUGCUUAGGCCUGGAAUGGUGAAGUAUGUGGAAGAGGACUGUGAGAUGUGUGUUAGAGGGAGAAGGUGAAGGGAAUCGCGGGAAAGAGGCAGCCUAUUGGAAAUAGGACAAGUAGAUUGAGAAGCUGUAGGAAGCAGGGCGUCAUGGGAGCUGGCACUGUGCUUGCUCAGAGAUGCCAAGCCCUGCUCUCAGGUUGGAGCCUGGAGUCUGCCCCCACUUUCCUUUCUUGUAAUCCCACCUCCCAAAUCUUCCUGAAAUUUACCCCUCUGCAGUCUCCUGAGUCUCAAGGGCUUAGUUAAGUACCUUGCCGUCCCACCCCCAAUAUGUCACCCCAGGAAUAGAGGCUGGGCAAGGCCCUUCCAUCCUGGCAAUCUGUUCACAUGCCCAAGGUGCUAGAACUAGCUUAGCAGAGUUGCAGGCCAGAGGGCUUCUAGGCAGAGGAAGUGUACACCCAAGUAAGAUUGCAGAGGAAUGAUACUUGGGAGCACAAGCUGUAGGGUGAAGCUAUCCCGAGACUGACACUCAGCCUUCAUCUUGCCUCUGACACUGUAUUUCAAACCCUACCCAGGAAGGUUAAUAAACCAUGGGUAGGAGACCAGGAGCCCACCGUCCCAAUCCCCAAAUAAUCCUUAUCCAGGUUCAGGGCCUUCAAGGGGAGACUCUCAUUUCCCCCAGGGCUCUCUUCCUUUUUAAAGGCUGGUGGGAAGAAAUGGGUGCCCUGUGGUUCCUCUCUCCUUUCAUCUAGUAAGUACCUGGAUGAAGGAACACGAAUCCCUAGGUAGGACACGGGACAGGCAGCCAGCUUUCUCCUCCUUGGGGUGGAACUGAAUUUUGGGCUCAGACACCAGCAGCAGCCUCUUGGGAUGCCCCAAGUUGCUUCCCUUUUCUUAUGUCCUUUUCUAGUGCGUGCUCUUUCUUCCUUGAAACUUAAGAAUUCCUGUUACAUACUCACAUAGGUCUUCCACCUUGCCCCCGUUCCAGGUUUCCAGGCCUUACAGCCAAGCUGAGGCUUGGAGAAAACUGCAAUCCCAUGAGGGCAAAGGCAGCUGCCCUCCCUGACCCUACAGCCCCAAGCCUCAUGUGGGAUGUAUGGGUAAGGGAGGGGUAGCCCCAUGGAUGCCAGGAUGGGGACAGAGGAAGCCCUGGUGGGUCUCCCAUCCAAAGGAGUAAACCAAGUCUAUACUAAAAAAGCAGAUCAAAGUCCCAAUGCCCCAAUUGCUGACAACCUUGCUCCUCUCCCCAAGAUUUUCCUUCAUUUAUGACCUGGUCACUUCACAGCCAUCUUAGGGUCUUCAGAGCUCCCGCUAAAACUCUCCAACUCUUCCUGCCCACUCCUUUGCUACCAGCUGGGGCCUAGGCUGUCCUAGGCAGUGCCCAUGAUCCUUCUAGUGGGGGAAGAGUGAGUUAUAAGGCAUUUGGCUCAACUUUAAAAAGGUCCCUCCCUUCCUUGCCCAUAUUUCUGGAGGCUCCUCUAGUUCUAAAACCCUCCAAUCUCAUCACCUGGCUGGUUGCAACACUUGUUUUUUGUACUUUCCUAUAGACUCUGUAGCAUUUGAGUGUGGCAAUAUUUUAAUUGUGUAUAGAUUUCUAAGAACCAACACUACUCAGUCUCCUGCUAGUCUGACUCCUGAAGCAUCAGACCUUGUCAUGCUGUAUUGACUGUGUAUGUGCCUUUCACCUUGAGCAUGCUUCAGGAUUUUUAUUUUUAAACCACAGAACUUGAAUACAUGAGGGAACCAGAAUUCACAAAGUCCUAUGCAACCUUAGACAGGAGGGGGUUAGAGAGUCUGUCUUGACUAAUGUUUUCCGAGACCCUGGAGAAGUUUGUGAGUAUUACUGUUAAUACUUCCAGCAGUUAGCCAAAUCUGAGUAUGUCAGAGGGACCUGUUUCUAUAGUGAGUCUCGGUUACAUCAAAGGAUGACUUACAGUAACUCCCCAAGACGUGCGAGUGCUCUCCUCAAGCUGGGUGUUAUUUUCCAGCCUUAGCCAGUCUGGCCCCAGCAGAGUACCAUGUGUGUAUGAAUGCUGUGCUGUUUUGGAGUAUGCCUGCUCCCUAACCCCUGCCUGGAACCCUGAUCAAUUUGCUCUGACCCAUGUCUUAGGUGCAACAAGGAUCCCAGACCCCUCAAGAGCUCUUGGAUUACUUCUUAAAGUCAUGAGGCUUUAUGUGAGGGGACCAAGUGCAGACACACCAUAGUUCCUUUCAUCUUUCCUCUUGCCCUGCCACCUAGUUCCAAAUGAAACCAACAAGUUGAGUGCAUCCCUCUUGGGUGUUUUGUGUUGAGACUGGCUGAAAGGAGGAGACUGGUUGACCAUGUGUGAUGUGUCGACAGACUCAAGGACACAACCACCUCGACCUGGUCACGUGGCAUGCCUGUGUAUGUGUGUAACAGGAUUCUGAUUAUUAGACUGUAAUGUUAUUCCUCUAUGGGAAAAAAAAUUAAUAUAAAGAAAAACAAAUAAAAAUCUAUUUAAAGCACAUUAUGCUUUCUUCCUGAGUAGAGCUAAAGCAGGAGAAGCACUUUGCAAUCUCAGGCACAUUAUUAGUCUAGGGCAAUAUUAUUAGGCUGGCUUUGGUACUGGUUGUGUCUGUCAUACAGGGAAGGAAGAGGGUGGUAGGUAAGCUUGCUGGAAAUGGGGCCAAUGAGGGGUCUGAGUCAUAAAUAACUCUACUUUUAGAGGGUUCCUAUAACACAAGACAUGUAUUAGAGACAGUUGAAACAGAUGAGAAUAACAUAACAGAAAAUCACCAACUCAUCCUUUUGGUCUCAGGCACUGGGUGUGGCAAGGGCGAGGGGCCACUGCAGGGGAAGGGAUGGAGUGUCUGUCUAGCUGUAGGCCGUGUAGCAGAAGGUCGAGGCCCAGACCAAAGCAAGGAUGGGGCCCCAAGCACUGGGGUCCCCUGAACAUUGGUGGUGAGGU